ACUUCCUUCGAGCCUAAAUUUCAAUACUCUAGUCUCUACUCUCUACACUCCACUAUACUAUACCACGCCAAACCCUAAAUACAACCAAAAAUCCCCAAUUUUUUACAUUACCCAGGAAUUAGAUGCUAUCUUAUCUGCCGUAGAAAGCUACCCAUCUCCAUAAAUCCAUUACAAACAUCAACCAUGGCUUCAAUUUACUUUUCAAGGUACUAUUUGCUGUUCUUCUCUGUUGUUUUUUUAAUUUGUUUUCCUGGUUUAUUUCUAGCUCAGUCAUCUUCUUCAUUUGGGUUCAAAUCUUUUGCUAAAAACUCCAAUUUUUUGAAUGAAAUUGGGUUUUUUGGAGAUACCAAGUUGGAUGAGAAUGGGUCAUUUGUUCAAAUCACUCAAUCAUGGGGUUUUAGUGCGGGUAGGAUGAUGUAUAGGAAGCCUAUUACUAUGGGUAUGAACAAAUUGGGCAGAAAUAUUAAGGCUUCUUUUGGAACCUAUUUUUCAUUUUCUUUGUCCCCUGAAAAUGGGGAUGGUCUUGCUUUUGUAAUGCUUCCUAAUGGGUAUUCAUCAGAUGGGUAUAAUGGGAAACUGUUUGGUUUAUCUAAUGAACUAAUUCAGAAGAAAAAUAGGGCUUUUUUUGCUGUUGAAAUUGAUACAAAAAUGGAUAAUCAAUUUGGGGAUUUGGAUGGUAAUCAUGUUGGAAUUAAUAUUGGUAGUUUAGUAUCUGUUAAAGUAUCAAAUUCUUCUGAACUAAAUCUGGAUUUGAGUAGUGGGAAGAAACUUCAAUGUUGGAUUGAUUAUGAAGCAAGUUCGAAACGAUUCGAGAUUCGAAUGAGUAAGGCAGAUGAAACAAGACCAGUUUCCCCAUUGUUAUCAUGUCCAAUUGAUCUAUUUGAAAUGUUUAAGGGUCAAGAUGUAUUCAUAGGAUUAAGUUCAUCAAAUGCAAACUCCACUCAAGUAUGUAAGGUGUUUUCAUGGAGUUUUAAGUUAAGACAAGUUCCAUAUUGGAUGCAUUCGCAGCCGUUAGAUCCUCAAACGGUCCCUAAGGAUGUGAAACCGGUGACUAUUCGACAAAAAACCGAUUGCACGGUUAGGGUUCUUACAGCUUUGAUUAUUGGCAUUGCCUGUGGAGCUUUAGGAGCUUACACUGUGAUGUUUGUUUGGAGUGUUUUUGUUACGAAACAACCUGUUGCGCCCGAAGAGUAUGUGGUAAAACCCGCGAUUUAUGACUAUGACAAAGUUAAGGUUCUUGCUGUUGAUGCUUGUGAUGAUGUUAAGUAGGCUUAGAAGUAGAAUUUUUUCUCUUUUUUGUGAUUGGUGAGGGUGGAUGAUGGUUUUGUUUAUGUAAAUGUAUGUUGUUUCUUCUCUUAGGUGUUUGGUGUUGUAGGUUCAUUCCUAACUUGUACUCUUAUUAAUGUUGUAAUAUGGAUUGUAGGUUUCAGUGUUACAUAAUUCGCUUUUUGAAUUUGCGAUUCACUCAAAGAAAUAGACCGUGUUUCGGUUUUUCUUGAUCUGCUAUUCCCGAGAAGAUUAGCGAAUCAUGUGACACUGGAGUAGGUUUAGAUAUUUGGAACAAUGUAGUAGUGUUUUGAUGUCGUUAGCUUAUGUAUUAAAGAAUGAUAUGUUUAGGCGUAAGCCUUGUUAAA